UCAUAUUUUAUAAAUCCAGCUGUAGAGAUUUUUUUUCCACAUUACAGGAGCUGUGGGAAGCUGGGUUUGCAUUGGGUGGAGGAAAAUCACGUGCUGCACAGUCACAUGGUCAGGGAGGAAAAAGGGGGUCCUUUUUGGUGUAAAUCUGGACUCUAAUUCUGUAAUAUAUCACGGUACCUCGUAAAACCGACACUAAAACGUCCCGGCCUACAAAUCAUCCGGCCGAAUUAUGAGUUCAUUGUAUUAUGCGAAUGCUUUAUUCUCUAAAUAUCAAACUGCAAGUUCUGUUUUCCCAUCCGGGGUUUUCCCAGAGCAAACUUCAUGCGCCUUUGCAUCCAACACUCAGCGCUCUGGCUAUGGGUCCAGCUCCAGCUCUUCCUUCCCGGGGUCAAUGCCUGGGAUGUACAGCAAUGGGACCACCCUGCACCCCCAGAGCCCAGCCAUAUAUCCCUCCAGCUAUGGGCUGGACCCUGCCUCCUUCAACAUGCACUGCUCUCCCUUUGAUCAAAACCUCUCCCUAAUGUGCCCCAGUGACUCUUCCAAGCAGACCUGCACCAAGGCUGAGCAGAGGGACCUGGAUCUGCAGAAUGAGAGCAACUACAGAAUUUACCCCUGGAUGAGGAGCACAGGAACAGACCGGAAAAGGGGUCGUCAGACCUACACCAGGUAUCAGACGCUAGAACUGGAGAAAGAGUUCCAUUAUAACCGAUAUCUGACCCGUAGGAGGAGAAUUGAGAUCGCCCAUGCUCUGUGUCUGACCGAAAGACAGAUAAAAAUCUGGUUCCAGAACCGAAGAAUGAAAUGGAAAAAGGAAAAUAAAACCCCCAGUCCUUCAUCAAAUAGCCAGGAAAAGCAGGAGACUGAAGAAGAAGAGGAGGAGUGAACACACCCCAAAGACUGAUGAACCCCAAGAUCCACUGGCACUCCUGGAUCCUGCCAUAAUACUACCUACAUCCCUUUUCUACUUUAGGGUUAGCUACCUACCCCACGUGGUGAUCCAGUAGGACCAUUUCUAUGUGACAUUUCAUUUAGCAAUGUAUUUGAAGAUCCUUAAACUUUCUGGACUCCAAUAUGUGAGAGAUUGUGACCCAAUACCGUAUCUGUGUUUGUUCGAUGUGAAGGGGAUGGCAAUAUAUCCCUGUAGGAUUGUACUGUUCAUAUUAAAUGUGUUGUGCGGUUUUUAUUAUUCAUUGCCUAUCGUGACAAUGUAAAAAAAAAAAAUUACAAAAAAAAAAAACAUGGAUAUUUUACAUUUUCCUCUCCCCUUGAUUCCCCUUACGACGGACGUGUAAUAUUAAUGUGCAAAUAAAACUGUGGUGUAAAGUUAAUUUUAAUAUAAUUUAAUCAUAGUCUGUAUUUUCAUUUAUUGAAAGUGCGCUCUUCUUGUA